GAUCAGUUCAGUUACUAUUAAACGCUUCAAUCACUCUGAAGUUACAAAGCUCAUUGUAAUAAACUCCAAACCUCAAAAAGGGAAUAUGAUGAUGAUUUAUGUCCUAUGCGCCUUGACCUUCCUACAGCACUCAGUUUUACAGGCAUCCCCAGUAACUACACCUAGAAAUGUGACAAAUAAAAGUACUGUUGCUUCAGAUUCUUCACUCACAAGACCACCUUCUACUCCACUUCAGAAUAUUUUAUAUAAGGCAUCCCCAGUAACUACAGCCAUACGUGUGACAAAUAAAAGUACUGUUGCUUCAGAUUCUUCACUCACAAGACCACCUUCUAUUCCACUUGAGAAUAUUUUAUAUAUGGCUAAGCAGCCAUUUUCAUCGCUGUCAACAACUAACAAAACCGUGAGAGGUAUUAUAGUUGAUGCACACAAUAAUUUAAGAAGAAUAGUUAUCCCAACUGCAAAAAACAUGUUGAAAAUGAAGUGGAGUGAUGAAGCUGCAAAAACAGCAGAAAGAUGGGCAAAAACUUGUAUACAAGAGCACAGUAAAAAAGAAUUAAGAAAAAUCCCAAAUUUCAGAUGUGGAGAAAACUUAUUCAUGUCCUCAUAUAAGGCUUCCUGGAAGUAUGUAAUUCAAGCAUUUUUCGAUGAGUAUGUAGAUUUUGAUUAUGGAAAAGGAGCUAAAUUUGUAGGUGCUAAAAUUGGACAUUACACACAGGAAAAUUUUGGUUGUGGAGAAAACCUAUUCUUAUCCUCAUUUAAGGCCUCCUGGAAGGAUGUAAUUGAAUCAUUUUAUAGUGAAGUUGUAGAUUUUCAAUUUGGAAAAGGAGCAAAGAGUGAUGGUCAGGAGAUCGGACACUACACUCAGGUUAUGUGGUACAGUUCAUACCAGGUUGGAUGCUAUGUUGCAGAAUGCCCCAGCAGUCAAUAUCAAUAUUAUUAUGUUUGUCAUUACUGUCCAUCAGGAAAUAAUGUCAAGUCUAUGGGCAAUCCCUAUGAAAUUGGAUCUCCUUGUGGAGCCUGUCCUAAUGGUUGUGACUAUGGACUAUGCACAAAUUACUGCAGAGUUCAAGACUUUUACGGCAACUGCAAGGACUUCAAGGGGUCGUGUAUAACUGAUGCAUCAGUUCGGAAAGAUUGCCCUGCUACCUGCCAGUGCAAUAACAAUGAAAUAAAGUAG